AUGGACAAGUCUGCGCUGUGCCACCUGACAGAUGCCAACGGGAAUUUGAAAAACCAGAUCUGGGACCUGAGAGAGACGGCUGCCAACCUUGACACUGAGAAGCAGGAGAUCCUGACGGAGAACAGGAGCGUCAAAGAGCAGAACAGGAGCCUUGAAGCCAAGAUCGAGUGUUUCAAAGCCAUGGCGGAGGACUUCGAAAAGGAAGAAGAGGAGCUCCAGGGAGUUCUGAGGAAGCUGGAGGAGACGAUCGCGCAGCUGGAAUCCCAGAACACGGCCUUGAAAGGCACCAACAAGAUGCUGAGGACCGAAAUACAAAAGGUGUCCGGCCACAUCGUUCUCUUCCAGGAUUACAAGGCAACGCAAGACCAGGACAUCUGUCACAUGAAGCAGGUGAUGGAGCACAUUGUGAGCUACUUCAAGCAGCUGGAGUCAAAGAUCGAGACGGCCGAGCAGAGAUUCGGCGAGGAGCAGAGCGAAGCCGCUGAGCUCCAGCGCACCUUGGAUGAGCUUGAGCAGAUCCGCGAGGUCCAGGAGAACGAGAUCCUCUGCCUGAAGGACCAGCUGGAAGAGACGUCGUUCAUGAGGCUGGAGAAGGACGAGAGCCUCAAGGUCCCGUCUCUGCUGCACGAGAUGGUCCAAGCCAAGCUGGUCCAGGAUUCCUUGGCCAUGCAGAGCAGCCUCAUCCUGCUGUUGUCCAAAGUCGUGUGGCUGUUUCUGGCGGUGGCCGUCUGCCUGGGGUUCCUGAGCGUCUUGGCCAAAGUCUACCUCUUCGUCUUCAACCAGGACCUGGAAUCCGGAAGCCAAGCUCUGCUCUUCACGGACCGCCUCCGCCUGCUGGUGGAAGUCCUCUCUCCGCAUCCCAUGAGGAGGUCGAACGGCUUGCUGCCCUUUUGA